AUGAUAUACUCUAAACGCAUUUGGUUGGCGGCUUUCGCUUUUCUGGCACGGCUUUCGUGCGCUAUUUACGCUGCUGAGGACUAUGCAGUAUCACCAGAGCUUUUACCUGGACUCUCCGCUGUUGAUGACAAUGAUCAGAUACCAGAGAUGUUUGCUGGACACAUUAACAUAGGCGAAGAAGGUGAUGAUACGGCUGGAAGCUACUUCUUUUGGAAAUUCCAUGCUAAAACCGGCCGCAUCAGCGAAAAGGCCAAGAAUACUUUGAUAUUUUGGCUGAACGGUGGUCCCGGAUGCUCUUCGAUGGAUGGUGCGCUAAUGGAAGCAGGUCCUCUAAGAGCAGAUUCGAAUGGAAAGGUCUACUUGAACAAAGAUGGCUGGCAUACGCGCGGAGACCUUGUUUUUGUAGAUCAACCGGUUGGAACUGGCUUCUCGACCGUGGGCUCGAACCAACUUUACGACGAAGACUUACAAGCUGUGUCACAACAUUUCUUGAACUUCCUGAACCAUUAUUUCCAAGUUUUCCCGGAUGACUCAAACAAGACUGUAAUUCUUGCAGGUGAGAGCUACGCAGGUCAAUAUAUUCCCUACUUUGCACAUGCCAUCCUGGAUCAUAACAGCAAUGAGGAAAACGUACAGAUAAAUUUGGAGGCUCUCUUGAUUGGUAAUGGCUGGAUAGAUCCCAACCAGCAGGCUCUCUCCUAUAUUCCAUUCGCUUUACAAAACGGUCUCAUUCAGAAAAGUGACCCAAAGCUAUCACAACUUUUAAAUCAACAAGAACUGUGUCAAAAUAAGCUGAAUUCAGACACUGACAACACUUUCUCGAUUCCUGAAUGCGACAACAUAUUGAGCGUGCUCCUGGACAUCACAAGAGUAACUCAGGACGCAAAUGGAAAUAAAGUGGACACAAAUAAACAGUGCACCAACAUGUACGAUCUGCGCUUGAAAGACUCCUACCCUUCAUGCGGAAUGAACUGGCCUGGCGACUUGCCGUAUGUUACAAAGUUUUUCAACACUCCGGGGGUAAUGGAAGCUUUACACUUGGACUCGGAAAAAGUGCCUAGCUGGCACGAAUGCGAUAAUAAAGUCUCGGACCAUUUGACAAAUGCUAAUUUGAAGGCAUCUGUGCACAUACUCCCCUCGAUUCUAGAGAGUGGUAUUGAGAUUGUUCUUUUCAAUGGUGAUCAAGACAUUAUUUGCAAUAACCUUGGUGUCGAAACACUUAUCAAAGAACUUUCGUGGGGAGGUGAAAAAGGUUUCACCGAUAGCAUGCAAUUCUACGAUUGGAGAUACAGAGAUGACUAUAAUGACGAGAUCAUACCAGCAGGCUUUGUUAAAUACGAGAGGAAUCUAACAUUCAUCAGCGUUUACAAUGCCUCCCACAUGGUACCUUUUGACAAUAGUGCUGUGAGCAGGGGAAUUGUCGACAUAUUCUUAAAUGAUGUCGAACUUGUUCAGGAUGAUGGUGGAGAUACUUUGAUUAGUGAAAGUUUACAUGCAGAGGACUCGCAAAGCUUGGACUGCGAUGGUAUAGACAAAGACUCAGAGAAGUGCCAGGCACUAAGCGCUGAAAAUGAUGACAAGGCUAGUGACGAGGAAAACGAUAAAGAUUUAACCGAUGGCGCAAAGGAAAAUGGAGGAGAAAACAAUGACGCCAAUGAAGAUGAUCACGAUGACGAUGACGAUGACGGCGAAGAUAAUGAUGAAAACGAAGAUGAAGAUGGCGAUGACGAUGAAGAUGACGAUGAAGAUGACGAUGAAGAUGACGAUGAAGAUGACGAUGAAGAUAACGAGAAAAAUGAGCAAGACCGCGAAGGAAGCCCAGAUCAUUCCAAAAUGUCUCACAAAAUCAGUGUCGGUAUCGUGUCAAUGUCAGUCUCAGCAGUCAUUUUGAUAGGCUUAUACUUCACUUUCCGGGAGCGCUUCCGCCCCAAGCUUCGUGCCAUACUAGUUGAUCCUAAUAGUAGAUCCCUGCAAGGCAAGAAAACUGUCUCGUGGGCCUCCGACUUAGAGCAGGAACCAUCCGAGCUGGAGGAACCAGCUCAAGGUUCGAAACGCAAGAAUGGCUACUCGAAUGUCCCAACUCAAGAGUCAAGAGGGUCUUUCGAGCUCGACGAUUUGUAA